AUGGAAGUUCCGAAGGAUCAAAUCGCUUCUCUCCUCGAAAAUGGACUCUACAACUCCGCUCAGAUGCUCGGUUGUUUUCUUGUUUCUUCACCUGCUGCAAAUGCUGAAUCCUCUCCUCAUCUCAAAACUGAGAGCUUGGUGCUACUUGGUGAUUCAUUCUACCGUGAAAGGGAGUAUCGUAGAGCCAUUCAUACGUAUAAGCAAGCUUUACAAUACUACAAGAUGAUUCCCAAACAGAACAUGUCAUCUGCUCGGAGUUCAUUAUCGUCAAAUAGGUCUUCUUCUCCAAAUUCUUGCAAUAUAGCUGUAAUUAAUGAAAACGAGGUGAAGUUCAAAAUUGCAUCAUGUCACUGUUUUCUAAAUGAGAAUAAAGCAGCUCUAGUUGAGAUGGAAGGAAUUCCAAACAAAGCUAGAAGUUUACCGAUGAAUUUGUUAUUAGGAAAGCUAUAUCGAUUUUCUAGACAUAGUCGAGCUGCUGUUGCUAUUUACAAAGAAUGCCUAAGACAUUGUCCUUUUAUACUCGAGGCUAUCACUGCUUUAUCAGAACUAGGAUCUACUGCAAAGGACAUCAUUUCAUUGUUUCCUCAGACUCUAAAUAGAACUGGGAGGGCUCCAUUUGAUCACGCUGACUCGAGUCGUUGGCUUCAACGCUAUGUUGAAGCUCAAUGUUGCAUCUCUUCAAAUGAUUACAAAGGUGGCUUGGAACUAUUUGCUGAUCUUUUACAGCGUUUCCCCAAUAAUAUACACUUAAUACUUGAGAUUGCAAAGGUUGAAGCUAUUAUCGGAAAGAAUGAAGAGGCCAUUAUGAAUUUUGAGAAGGCCCGAUCAAUUGAUCCAUACGUCGUAACAUAUAUGGAUGAGUAUGCAAUGCUUCUAAAGCUAAAGUCUGAUUAUUCUAAGCUGAACAAGUUAGUACAUGAUUUAUUGAAUAUUGAUCCUGCAAGACCAGAGGUUUUUGUGGCACUAUCUGUUUUAUGGGAAAGGAAAGAUGAGAAAAGAGCAUUAUCAUAUGCUGAGCAGAGCAUUCGGAUUGAUGAGCGGCAUAUACCAGGGUACAUAAUGAAGGGAAAUCUAUUAUUGACAAUGAAACGAGCAGAAGCAGCCGUGUCUGCUUUCAGAGGAGCCCAAGAAUUGAGACCUGAUAUACGCACAUAUCAAGGUUUGGUUAAUACAUAUUUGGCGCUCUCUAAGAUUAAAGAGGCUUUGUAUGCUUCUAGAGAGGCAAUGAAAGCAAUGCCUCAAUCGGCAAAGGCUUUAAAACUAGUCGGUGAUGUGCAUGCCAGUAAUUCGAGCGGGAGAGAAAAGGCUAAAAAAUUCUAUGAGUCUGCAUUACGACUGGAACCUGGUUAUCUUGGAGCAGCACUAGCAUUGGCUGAGCUCCAUGUUAUUGAGGGCCGAAAUGGAGAUGCCGUGUCUCUACUUGAGCGAUAUCUAAAAGACUGGGCUGAUGACUCUCUUCAUGUGAAAUUAGCACAAGUUUUUGCUGCCACUAAUAUGCUGUCGGAGGCUCUGUCGCAUUAUCAGGCUGCAUUAAGGUUAAAUCCCCAGAAUGAAGCAGCAAAACGGGGUUUAGAGCGUUUAGAGAAGCAAAUGAAGGGAGUAGAUCCCGAUGCACCUGAAGAAGACGAAGACAAUGAUGUUGAAGAUGGUGAUGGAGAUCAAGACGAGACUGAACUUCUGUGA